GGACCGUCGCAGCCAGAGCUCCCAGCCGCCGCCCAGCCCUCCGCAACAUGCCGGCCGCCGCCGGGCCCCGGCCCCGCUGAGCGCCCCCGCUGUGGAUCUAAUGUCUCCGUGAAGGUGCCGCGGCCGCUGCCUCGGCUUUAUCCCGGGAGGAGCCGCCGGCUGCGGUAGGAUUUUUUUCCCGUCUCGAAAGACCAGCAGAGCCACCAGCUGCACCAUCGGCCUGCGCCCGCCCCAGGAAGAUGGGAAGCAAGGCUCUGCCAGCCCCCAUCCCGCUGCACCCCUCCCUGCAACUCACCAACUACUCCUUUCUCCAGGCUGUAAACACCUUCCCCGCAGCUGUGGACCAGUUGCAAGGUCUGUAUGGACUCAGCGCCGUGCAAACCAUGCACAUGAACCACUGGACACUGGGCUACCCCAAUGUGCAUGAAAUCACUCGCUCCACCAUCACGGAGAUGGCGGCAGCCCAGGGCUUGGUGGACUCCCGCUUCCCUUUCCCUGCUCUCCCCUUCGCCACGCACCUCUUCCACCCCAAGCAAGGGGCCAUCGCCCACGUUCUCCCAGCCUUGCACAAGGACAGGCCCCGCUUUGACUUUGCCAACCUGGCCGUGGCUGCCACGCAGGAGGACCCCCCCAAGAUGGGGGAGCUCGCCAAGCUGAGCCCUGGACUGGCCUCGCCCCUCUCGGGCAUCAGCAAGCUGUCCCCGGACAGGAAGCCCUCCCGCGGCCGCUUGCCCUCCAAGACGAAAAAGGAGUUCAUUUGCAAGUUCUGCGGCAGGCACUUCACCAAGUCCUACAACCUCCUCAUCCACGAGCGGACCCACACAGACGAGCGGCCCUACACCUGCGACAUCUGCCACAAGGCUUUCCGGAGGCAGGACCACCUGCGGGACCACCGGUACAUCCAUUCCAAAGAGAAACCCUUCAAGUGCCAGGAGUGCGGGAAGGGCUUCUGCCAGUCCAGGACCCUGGCGGUCCAUAAAACCCUACACAUGCAGGAAUCUCCACACAAAUGCCCCACAUGUGGAAGAACCUUUAAUCAAAGAAGUAAUCUGAAAACUCACCUUCUUACCCAUACAGACAUCAAGCCCUACAACUGUGAGCAGUGCGGCAAAGUGUUCAGGCGAAACUGUGAUCUACGGCGGCACAGUCUAACUCACACCCCGCGGCAGGACUUCUAGAGCAGCCAGGGACCCGCGCCCGCUCCGGCAGCUCCAAUUUGCCCAUUUUACUCAAGGACUGUAUUGUAGGAACUCUCAGACACGCACACACACACGCACCCGGAGACACGCACGCAGUCUCGGGGCCGAGCUUUCCUACCACAUGUCUGCCAAACUCGUUUAGAGAGUGCGGACUGCAGGAUCGGGCCCCUCUCCUACUCACACCAAGGCGUAUAAAGCUCAUCUUGUAGAUAUUCGCGGCUCAUUUUAGAGCUCUGUACAGAAUGUGGUUUUCUUCGUUUGUUUCAUAUCGUUGUGUCAGAUGCACAUCGAUAACAAAUCGGGAAGGCAAAGUAUCUCUUAAAAGGGUAUUUCAAAAUAAAUCUUUUUUUUUUUCCAAA